AUGCCGCGCCCACUUCAUCGGACCUCUCACGCCAUGUCGUCGCAUGAUUUCUAUGAAGAACUGGACCACAUCUACGAAGAACUUGACAACGUUCGAGCCAAGACUGUUGAGACUCCUGAGAGAAGUAUGAGCGCCAGUACACUCAAGGAAGACGGCGAUAGUGAAGAACCUGAAUACGCUGUGUCGAAGCCGCUGACAGGUGCUGUCCGAAAGGCUCAUCCAGACGGUCUGGUAUUCCCACGUAUAACCACCGUCGUGGCCAAACUGCCCGAAUUACCAGAGGAGGCUGAAAUAAGCUCUCAAGAAGGGCAAGGAAUCGCGUUGUGGAGUUACCCGUCCUUUACUGAGGUUUCUCCUUCGGAACUGUCCUAUGGUGAAGAAGAAUCGAAAACGGCAACGAUACGAAUGCAGACAGAAGUGCGAGCCGAUCACUGUAAGCUCAUGAUUCGUGGCUGGGAAACCCUGAUUUCUGACUCGGAAGACGGAUUUUGA